AUGUCUUGGAGGCAAGUUAUCUUUACGAUCGCGGUGGUAGCUGGAGUGACGGCACAGAAUGAUGUCCGUGUUUGUGUACCGGAGUUGUUCGCUCCAUACUGUGACGGACUGCAGAGUCUUGGCAGUCCAGUGGUCUGUGAUGGAGUGGGGUCCAGUGAUGAAUGUCUCGCGAGACUGAAUAACGGUUCUUCAGACUUUGGAGUGUUCUCUGAUGAAGAUAUGGUGUUGAUGGCACACAGUCAACCUGACGAGAACAGGGUCGUGGCGUCCGUUAGAGAUGUACUGAGGAAAGAUGGCUACUCCUUCGAGGCGGUGUCUGUAGUCCCAGCGAGUCACACUGGUGGUGUGGAGAGUCUCCGAGGUAUGAAGUACUGUCACCCUGGACUGGAUGACUCGGAGCCGAGCUGGUCUCCGCGAGUGAAGAAGACUUUGGAACGAGCUGUUGCAAUAAUCGACAGCUGUCCUGAUGUAGAGCUUGAAGUUCAGACUCUGAGCUCCUUCUUCAAGAGUGCUUGUAGACCUGGACCUUGGAGUGAUGAUGACAAUGUUGAUGCUGAUCUGAAAUCCCGCUUCUCGAACCUGUGCGCUCUGUGUGGUCAGAACGCGAAGUGUUCCAAGUACACCAUCAACAUGGGUCCUAACAUCAAUAAUGUUGACAACAACAACAGACACAUCCAGGCCUUGGAGUGUAUGAGGUCCAAUGACAACAACACAUUCGCUUACGUGGCCUGGCAGCACGUCCGCACAUACUUUAACAUACGUAAUCCUCGUAUCCGUGCCUCAUACUCCCUCCUCUGUGCAGACGGCUCCCUCCGUCCACUGACUCUUGAAGCCACCCUCUCCAACGUGUCUCCUUGUUCGUUCGUCAAACAGCCCUGGGGCGCUAUUGUUGCUUCUACUGCGAGAGCAAGCCAAGUAAGCAGUGCCAUCAAGAGCUGGUGGCCUUCGGGCUCCAACCCUGGAGGUGACACUUGGCAGUCAGUGAUGUAUACAGCUUUAAUAGGAAGCUUCCCGAACGUUGUGUACUUCGAAGACGAUCUGCCUACACCUGGAUCUUACAUACAAAUCCGUGUUUGUGUACCGGAGUUGUUCGCUCCAUACUGUGACAGACUGCAGAGCCUUGGCAGUCCAGUGGUCUGUGAUGGAGUGGGCUCCAGUGAUGAAUGUCUCGCGAGACUGAAUAACGGUUCUUCAGACUUUGGAGUGUUCUCUGAUGAAGAUAUGGUGUUGAUGGCACACAGACAACCUGACGAGAACAGGGUCGUGGCGUCCGUUAGAGAUGUACUGAGGAAAGAUGGCUACUCCUUCGAGGCGGUGUCUGUAGUCCCAGCGAGUCACACUGGUGGUGUGGAGAGUCUCCGAGGUAUGAAGUACUGUCACCCUGGACUGGAUGACUCGGAGCCGAGCUGGUCUCCGCGGGUGAAGAAGACUUUGGAACGAGCUGUUGCAAUAAUCGACAGCUGUCCUGAUGUAGAACUUGAAGUGCAGACUCUGAGCUCCUUCUUCAAGAGUGCUUGUAGACCUGGACCAUGGAGUGAUGAUGACAAUGUUGAUGCUGAUCUGAAAUCCCGCUUCUCGAACCUGUGCGCUCUGUGUGGUCAGAACGCGAAGUGUUCCAAGUACACCAUCAACAUGGGUCCCAACAUCAAUAACGUUGACAACAACAACAGACACAUCCAGGCCUUGGAGUGUAUGAGGUCCAAUGACAACAACACAUUCGCUUACGUUGCCUGGCAACACGUCCGCACAUACUUUAACAUACGCAAUCCUCGUAUCCGUGCCUCAUACUCCCUCCUCUGUGCAGACGGCUCCCUCCGUCCACUGACUCUUGAAGCCACCCUCUCCAACGUCGCUCCUUGUUCGUUCGUCAAACAGCCCUGGGGCGCUAUUGUUGCUUCUACUGCGAAGGCAAGCCAAGUAAGCAGUGCCAUCAAGAGCUGGUGGCCUUCGGGCUCCAACCCUGGAGGUGACACUUGGCAGUCAGUGAUGUAUACAGCUUUAAUAGGAAGCUUCCCGAACGUUGUGUACUUCGAAGACGAUCUGCCUACACCUGGAUCUUACAUACAAAAUGGUAACUUCACCACGAUCGAUGACUCCUCAUCUUGUAUGUGA